AUGUUAUUCGAUAUGAAGUCACUUAAAUUAUUAGCCUUAAGUAUUGCCAUGAUAAUAAAUAUCAUAUAUACUUUUAAAGCACUCCGCACAUCAGAAGAUGAAAAGUCAUCAAAGAAUGUUUAUGCAUUAAUUGUUGUUGACAUUCAAAACUGUUUUAUUACUGGCACUCUUGCUUUAUCCAAUAGUCCUGCUCAUCAAAAUGGUGCCGAAGUUAUUCCUAUCAUCAAUCAUUUAAUUCAAACAGUUCCCUUUGAUUUUAUUGUGUAUACACAGGAUUGGCAUCCGCCAAAUCAUAUAUCAUUUUUUGAAAAUCUUAAAGCGCGUAGGAAAUAUUUAAAAAGUGGUAAAAAACGAGAGAUAAAAAUGUUCGAUGAAGUCACAUACACUGGUCCAAAAGUCAAAACAAAACAAAUCCUAUGGCCAUCACAUUGCAUUCGAGGAACAGAAGAUGCAGCUCUACAUAAACAUCUAUAUAUUUCACCAGCAAAGAGCAAAGUUAUUCGCAUUAGGAAAGGCACCAAUCCUGAUAUUGAUAGUUAUUCAGCAUUUAUGGAUAAUGAGAGAGCUAAAAAAACCAAACUCGAUGAUAAACUUCGAGAACGUAAUGUUACACAUGUUUUUAUUGCUGGAUUAGCAACAGAUUAUUGUGUAGCAACAAGUGCUCUUGAUGCAUUCAAUUUGAAGUAUGAAACGUCCAUCAUCGAAGAUGCUUGUAGAGGUGUCGAUAUGAAAACAAUUAAAAGCAAACUUGAUCAUCUGAAAAAGUUGGGAGUCAAAGUUAUUCAAGCAAAUCAAGUCAAGGGAAUAAUCGCUAGUGCCAAUUGUGACGAUAUUGAUAAGACAUGUCAUUAA